CCCCGUCGUAUAAAGAGAGUGCCUGAUCUGGCAACCCCUCUAACCGCUGGCGAGCGCUGAGGAGCGCGCUUCAACUAGCAGGAAAAGACCCUUUUACGCACGGAGAUCUUAGAGAGGCUGCGACGAGCGCUUCAUUUUAAUCAUCGGGAAAAAGAGUUUACAAACAACAGUUUUACUUGUUUUCUCUUUGUGCAUCACCAAGCUGUGAGCUAAAGCAUCUGAGUGGGCAUGUGGUUGCUGGAGAAGCUCCGCAGCUCUGUGAAGAGCAGUGGGAUACAUUCCCAGCCCCCGCAGACAACAGAGGCCAUUCCUGUUGCUGUUUAUGCCAAUGUGCUCACUCCCGAAAGGAUCCCAGAUUUUUUCAUCCCACCCAAACUCAUCUGCUGUCCCCCUGAGGAGUCCACCAGCCCGGAGCCCAAGCCCCGUGCCAAUCUGAGACCCUCCUCCUCUGACCACGCCAUCUGCAGCCAGAGCCCCCGAGCUCAAAGCAGCAAGAACAUCUGCAGCCCUCGCCUUUUCUCCCGCAACCUGCAAAAGUCUGCCAACCGUCACAUCAUCCAGAUAGAGAGUGCAGACGAGCUGGGCACCGGGGCCAACGACAGGCUUGGCGUGGAUGUCAACACCAAUGCUGACCCCCAGUCACAGACUGCAAUGUCCCUGCCAUACGUCCCCAAGGCUCAGACCUCCUACGGAUUCUCAACAAUAGUUGAGUCUCCGCACACCAGGCGCAAGGAGAGCCUGUUCCACAGUGAUCCCAACAGCCCCCUCAACUCCCCAAAUUCCCAGAGGCGUUCCCAAGGGGGGACUCUGUUGGCCCCGGCUGACCCUAAUCCCUACCGCUACUUCAGUGGAGGAGAGAGUGACACCUGCUCUUCUGCUGAGUCGUCCCCAUUUAACUCCCCCCUUCUCUCCAGGUCUGCUUCCCUACUUCGAUCUAUUACCCAAGAAACCCAGGCCAAGGUAUCUCGAGCAAGACGCUCCCUGGCACGCCACAGUUCUCUCUCCACUGAUGAAUGCAGCUCAGCAGACAACAGCCCCAAGAUGCAGCGGCGACGCACUCGCUGCCCCCCCUCUCCCGCCUUCCGCGGAGCAAAAGCCAGCAGCUCUAGGUGUGCAACCUCAGAUCUCUUGCAGCGCGAGCACACCAUCAACCUCCACAAGGGGGGAACCCUGAGGCUGAGCACCCACUAUGACCUUGAGGCCGCCCGGUUGAGGGUGCGCAUACUCACCGCCGAGGCCCUCUACAACAGGCAGACAGACCUGAAAAGCAUUAACUGCUGCGUGUCGCUCUACCUGAACCCCGGCAAGCAGCAGAAACAAAGGAGCACCAUCAUCAAGAACAGCAGGAACCCCGUGUUCAAUGAGGACUUUUUUUUCGAUUCCCUGCCCCAGGCGCAAGUGAAGAAUCUGGCCAUGAAGAUAAAGGUUGUGAACAAAGGAACCAGUCUGAAGAGAGACGUGCUUUUAGGAGAAAGGGAGGUGCUGCUCAGAGAGCUGCUCGCAAACCUCUAGGGAGGCCUUGUCAAGGCUCUGGUGAAAGCAAGCGUCUUGUCUUCUCUCUGCCGACCUUUUCAUCCCACCUUUCCGGAUAUUGGGCAAGAAGCAGCAUACUGAUGACAAGGAAGCUGCAUCUUGCAUACUGUGUUGUGUGUGUCAACAGAGUCCCUUUGGUCAUGAGUAGUUAAAUUUAAACAAAGAUAUGCAGACAUAAUAUAAGUGCUUGCUGGUAUGUGAGCAUUGUGAAUGGCACAUGGUUGUUUGUGUAUUUUUCUUGACGCGCUGACUUCCAAAAGGUGUUGACCCUCUCUGAUGUAGCUCAUGUCAGCUGAUAUGUCUAACUGGAAGUUGUAUUUUUGUAAUAAAUCUUAAUAUUGCAAAAGUUUUGCAUGUCACUGUGCACAUUAAAAUGCCUCUGUGUACAUUAAAUACUGUAUUUAAAUGACUCAUAUUGUAAAUAUGACAUGCAAUGUGUUAAGUUUCAGAACUUGCCAAUAAAAAACAUGACAAGAGGA